GAAAAAAUUUUUAUAGGUUUUUUUCUUAUUGUUUUAUAAGGAAUCACCUUAUGUCUAUUCAUACGUAAAUUUUGAUCAUAUACUAUUAUAUAUUAUAUAUAUAAAUCGUAUAAACAGAUCUAAUAGAAACUUUUAGUAUUUCAUAAACUUGCGCACGCGCCUACGUAAAGAUCACAUUGUAUCGCCAUUCUGUUGUAGUCAAACAAGAUACGACAGUACACUUCAUUAUUUGUCCAAAUUGUAAUAUGUGUUAAUAAAAUUUGCCGGUAACAAUAACGAUAUUCUAAAUUUGAUUAACAAUCAUGUAUCGUAAAAAGAAAUAUCAUGAAACAAUAAAUUUUAUAAUUAACUAUUUUGCUAUCGGACAAUUAAAAAAACGAAUUAUGUGACAAUAGUGCGACUAAAACAUAAUUAUUAAAAAGGUUUCAUGUUAUCAGAAUAACAUGACGUUGUUCAUUAAAUUGUUCUUUAAAUACUCGAAUAAAAUAUGGCAUGGUAUCAAUUAAUCAAUCAAAAUAGUACAUUCAGAAAGAUUUCAUGUAUCCAUGUGGAAUCACGCUAUGCUGAACAUCGCUGAAUGUCGCAGUAUUAUUUAUUACAGAUCAAAGUACUGUUAUUUAUCAUAAUAAUACCAUUAUCCUACGAAAGAUAUGAUAUAAAAACCAUCAAAAUCACGUGAUGAGUUCGAAAGUUAAACGACAGUAUAUUAUUGCAUGUCAUUACAUCGAAAAAGUGAAUAUUACAAUAACAUUGUUUUAAAAUAAUAAAUGAACGUGUGUUUUUUAUUCAUGUUACAUUAAAGAAGUAUGUAUAACAAAGUUAUUGAUCAAUGAAUUUAUUGCUAAUAUUUAAUGACAGUGUACAUUUAAAUUAACCACAUAUCUGCAAUACAUUUGAAUCUACUAUAAAGAAGAUCAUGACAUAAUACAAGAAGAAUGUUAUGAAGAUAUAACAGGAAUAUACCAAUUUAUACGUGCCAAAUUUAUAUACAAAAUGUUUAGUUCAACAACUCUAGUAAGCAGGUCAUUCCUAGCAAUUUUGAUAUUAAUGACAUUAUAUUUUCUUGGAAUGGACCUUCUAUUGUAUUCUAGAGUACAAAAUUAUGAUAUAAGACCUACAUCAAAUGGUACACGAUAUGUUUCAAUCAUACCUUGUGAUUUUAAUCCGUUAUGUACAGUGACUGUAAAAGGAUUAAUGCUUGAUCAUCCAAACCAUUUUCUUUUGAGUCCUCUUGCAGCUAUCAUGGAUGAUUUGCUGCAUAUAAGCAGUUCUUGGAUAUGGGUGACGCCAAAUGCAAUCAGUUGUUUCCAUGUAUUAAUAGCAGUAUUGGCUGGUAAAUGUGUUUCCAAUGAUUCAUUGUCUUAUAGACGCCUAGGUGUAAUACUGUUUCAAGCAAGGACAUGGCUAGAUGAUCUAGAUGGACAUGUUGCUAGAAAAAGAGCAAAUAUUAAUGGUGAACGUUCAGAUGUUGGUUCGUCUGGUUACAUUAUUGAUGGUAUUUGUGAUGCUUUAGGUUGUGUUGCGUUUAUUAUUGGUUUAUAUCAAUUCCUUGCCCGUAACUCAAGUAGACGUGGAGGAUAUGACAAGCUGCCACAACUUCCUGUAUCUUCAGUUUUGGAACCUGGAAAUGUAACUCUGAAAACUUCAAAUGCAGCGCUUCGUAACAUAUUACUUAUGACCGUCCAUUUGUUCCUCACCAGUGCCGCCUGGAAUCGAUAUAUAUAUUUAUAUCAAGAUCUUCUUGAGACUGAAUAUAGAACACCAUCAAUUAGUAGAGAACAUCUUUAUGCUAGACAGACAACUGUAUUCAGAAGCUCGUCCUUUACAAUAAUAACUCUUUGCUGGAAGUUUUUAAAUUUUCAUGCUGUCAUGGAUUAUUUGCUGUUAGCAAUAUUUUUUGAUCGUAUGCGGGAAUAUAUUAGACUUAUAAGAUGGUCUUCGUAUGUUGUUGUAUUAUUACUUGUUUAUGUAACUGAAUUUCAUUUUUUGCGGGCCUAUACAUUUAUACAAGAUGUACCAUCAUUGAUUGAUGAAGAGAUAUCUUCAUCUGAUGUAUAUACUCAAGGAUGACAGCGUGAAUAUUGGAAAACAUUGUUUUCUACUAUUCGUUAUUGGUGAUAUAUAAUGACUAAAAUGAAUUGUACACUGAAAUUUGCAAAUUUGUCUAUGGAAACAAUAUCUUGAUACAAUUUUUUGUAUUUUCUAUUUUUCUGCAUGUAUUUUAUAUACAUACCAGACUGAUAUAUGAAAAAAAUGUGUAUAACCCCU